UCACACAUCACCAACGCUACAACACAGCAGGAACUAUCGAUUCCUCGACACGAGCCAUGGAAGGCCCCAUCGCAUCCGCCGUCGUCAUCCCCGACCCAGAACCCUCACCACCGCCCGCAGCCUCGCCGCUCACCACCACCGCACACAAACGCCGCCAAUCCUCCACCUCCGACGACGCCACAAAGCGCCCGCGACUCACCAUCGACGAUGCCCCUGCCGACCGCCAAAACCCAACCAAAGAGCCCAAAGCACCCGUCCCCGUGCGCCGCGAGCGAGGCAGAGAGCGCAGACUAUUCGGCGCAGCCCUAGGCGCACUAUCCCAGAACUCAGCAACGGCCGCGCAGAAACGCCGCUCAGAGAUCGAGAAGCGGCAGCUGACGCAGCGCAAGCUCGACGAGGAGGAGAGCGAGCAGAGGAAGGCGGAGCGCGCGGCUAGGCGCAAGGCGCAGCGGUGGAGGGAACACCAGCGUUUUGAACGGGAUGCGAUGCGAAUACGGCACGAGAGUCUGGUUAGCAUGGCGCACUUCCUCUGGACGGAGACGGAGCCGCGACUGCACUACAAACCAUGGGAGACGACCGCCGAAGAAGAUGACCGUAUCCAUGACCAGAUUGCCGACGCACACGAGACUGUCAGACGAGAAACAGAGGACUACGAGGCUCGUCAGGCACAAGAAACCCAGCGCGAACGGCGUGCCUCUCGUGGUGGUGUGGAGAACGGACAUGCCAUGGACACGGACAAGAGAGACGACAUAGACGCUUCCGAACACCUACUUGCGAGCAAUCGAGGCGCGAACGGCAAUGGCGCGCCUCCAGAGGACGAUGACAUGAAAGACGACCACCAUGCAGAAACUCCUGCGGAUGAUGUGGUGAUGGAGGGACAUGCUGCUGAACCCCAGCAGAGCAGUUUACAAACUCACAACGCUGCUGUCGAUGCCAUCACACAAGAUACCAUCGAUGAGAUGGGCGAAGAAAUCGUCGAGGCCACAGAGGAUACAGUCAUCUAUUGAAAGUUUCCCGUCUCUACGUACACCCACGGUAGUCAGCCCAUUGGCUUUUUUGACACGCAAGAGCGAUCUCAGUCCAUGUAUCCACCAAUACCACAGGCAGCAUUUCCGUCUCAAUCUCAACCCCCUAAAACCAGACAUCUCCUACACAACCUACAAACUACUCUUCCCAGCCUUCCCCUCGCCCACCAACCCCUGCCCCUCCAACCACUUCCCCAAAAUCUCAUUAACC